UUCUGAGACGUGAAGAGAAGGAGGCAGUCAUGGAUUACCUGUUGCAGUAUGGGUAUCUACAGAAACCUCUAGAGGGAGCUGAUAACUUCAGGCUAGAAGAUAUCACUGAGGCUCUGAGGCACUAUAACAGGCCAUUGGUGGAAGAAGCUGCCCCAGAGCAGGCUGGGAGGUUGCCCAGCAGGCAGAGGGGGCGGACCGUUAGGUGGCAGCUCAGCAGCAGAAGGCUAGAAAGGUAGGAGAGAAAGGCCACGGCUGAGGGCAGUCUUCCUCAAAAGAUUCUGAAAAUGAAGAGAUGGAGUUGGAGUGUUAGCAUUUCUACGAACCAGAAGAGGAAGCCCCGUUGUGAGGCCUGGAGCUUGGAGUGUUCGCUUCUGCUUCCAAGAUGUUGUGCCAUUCAUGGUCACUGCUUGGGCAGCUGGAAGCCAAACAUCUGUCCUCAGUUCCCAGUCCUUCCUGAGUCACCUGCGCUCAUGGACCCAUCACCCUUCGUGUUUCUAGAGCUUUUCAGGAAGCAUCUGAGCUGCCAAUCUCAGGUUGGAUGGAUGAUGCCACAAAGGCCCGCAUGAGGCAGCCUCGCUGUGGUCUUGAGGACCCCUUCAACCAGAAGACUCUUAAAUACCUGCUCCUGGGCCGCUGGAGAAAGAAGCACCUGACCUUCCAAAUCUUGAACCUGCCCUCCACCCUCCCGCCUUACACAGCCCGGGCAGCCCUGCUUCAAGCCUUCAAGUACUGGAGCAGUGUGGCCCCUCUGACCUUCCAGGAGGUGCAAGAUGGCAGGGCUGACAUCCGCCUCUCUUUCCAUGGCCGCCAAAGCCCAUAUUGUUCCAACACCUUUGAUGGGCCUGGAAGAGUCCUGGCCCAUGCUGACAUCCCAGAGCUGGGCAGUAUACACUUUGAUGAAGAUGAACUCUGGACUGAAGGGACCUACUGGGGGGUGAACCUGCGCAUCAUAGCUGCCCAUGAAGUGGGCCAUGCCCUGGGACUUGGACACUCCCGCUAUACCCAGGCACUCAUGGCUCCUGUCUACGCUGGCUACCGGCCCUACUUCAAGCUGCACCCAGAUGAUGUGGCAGGGAUCCAGUCUCUCUAUGGCAAGAAGAGCCCAGACACCACGGAGGAGGAGGAAGAGGAAAUGCAGGUGCCUACUGUGCCACUGGUGACCAUAGAACCCAGUCCCAUGCCAAACCCCUGCAGCAGUGAACUCGAUGCCAUGAUGCUGGGGCCCCGUGGGAAGACCUAUGCCUUCAAGGGGGACUAUGUGUGGACUGUGACAGAUUCAGGGCUGGGCCCCUUAUUCAGGGUGUCUGCCCUUUGGGAAGGGCUCCCUGGAAACCUGGAUGCUGCUGUCUACUCUCCUCGAACACAAUGGAUUCACUUCUUUAAGGGAGACAAGGUUUGGCGCUACAUUAAUUUCAAGAUGUCUCCUGGCUUUCCCAAGAAAUUGAACAAGGUAGAACCCAACCUGGAUGCAGCGCUUUAUUGGCCUGUUAAUCAAAAGGUGUUCCUUUUUAAGGACUCAGGAUAUUGGCAAUGGGAUGAGCUGGCCAGAACUGACCUCAGCCGCUACCCCAAACCAAUCAAGGAAUUGUUUACUGGCGCACCAGACCAGCCCUCAGCUGCUAUGAGCUGGCGGGAUGGCAGAGUCUACUUCUUCAAGGGCAAAGAGUACUGGCGCCUUACCCGGCAGCUUCUAGUGGAGAAGGGCUAUCCAAGAAAUAUCGCCCACAACUGGAUGCACUGUCGUCCUCAGAUUCCAGGCACUACUUCAUCAACUGGGAACAUCACUCUUUCAACCACAGACACAAUCUUGGAUACCACUCCCUCAGCCACAGACUCAACCUUGGGCACUACCCCCUCAGUUACAGACUCUGCCACCCUUCCACUCCCUGCUAAUGUCACCCUGCUAGGGGCCUAAGAACUAAUCCACUUCUGCCCCCCUAGGAUUGUGCAGGUGCUAAGCAUGAACAAGAACCACAGACCUCAUGCCUCUAAGAGUCCCAACUCUGGCCACCACUUUCCUGGGCUCCUUAACUCCUAGGAGAUGCUCCCUUAACUCUGUUUCAGUCCCCAACUCUAAUCAUUUUUCACUUUCACCUGUGUCAUCAAAGCUGGCAACUGAUGGAAGGAGGUUGUCAAUUAGGUCUUUAGCUGCUAGAAAGAAACAGCUGGGCUACUGGGUGCCCAGGUUCUGUUCUAAACAGCAUGGCCAGUAAAAGCAUGGGCUUUGGAGUCCUUGAGCCACUUGACCGUGGCUUUCAGCAAGCUAAUUAACCUUGUUGAACCUUGGAUUCCCCAUUAACAAAAUUACUAUCAAUGCUGUAGGAUUGUUCUGUUAAAUGAAAUACUCUGUGUGAAGUACCUGACAAUGUUGGGCACAUUUGUAUUUAAUAAAGGCUAACUCCAUGUACCUAA